AUGACUCUUAAAUCACCCAAAGCAAUUUGGGAUUAUCUGAAAGAGGAAUACGCUGGAGAUGAUAGAAUACGAAGCAUGCAAGUGCUGAAUUUAAGGAGGGAAUUUGAGCUUCAAAGGAUGCAAGAGUCAGAGACAAUCAAAGAAUACUCAAACAAAUUGUUGGGUAUUGCCAACAAGAUAAAGUUGUUGGGAAGUGAUUUUGCUGAUUCGAGAAUUGUAGAGAAAAUUUUGGUAACGGUGCCGGAGAGGUAUGAAGCAUCUAUAGCUUCAUUGGAGAACACAAAGGAUCUGUCGAAAAUCACAUUGGCAGAAGUGCUACAUGCCCUGCAAGCUCAAGAGCAACGAAGGUUGAUGAGGCAAGAUUGUGUUGUCGAAGGUGUUUUGCCCGCCAAACAUCAUGAAGUUGAUGAAAGCAAAGGAUUUUUUCAAGAAGAAUCAACCAGCAACCAGCAAAAAUAG